CAUCAACCAUCCGUUCAGAGUGUGUUAGAUUUUCUUUACGGAAGCGUCGUCGCGCAUUCCAUUCCACUCGCUGCUUUGUCCUGUGCGUUUUCCAAGGUUUCUGCUACACUUUUCGGGAGUUCGUAAAAUGGAAGUUCAAUUACGCGAGUGAUAAUAAUGGACUCCAGGUUACUUACUGCUGCUGGCACAGGGCUCACUGCGGGUUCAAUGUAUCGUUACUCGAAGCUGCUGAAUCAUCAAUAAAGGGCUUAAAUUUUCCAGUGAAUUUUACCCCUUGCAAAGCGAAAUAUAAAGUGCAUUUGUUCACCACUAUGGAAAGGAAAAAAUUGUGCAAAGUGUAGUGAGUUGUACAAAAAAAAUCUUUCGAUACAUGUUGAAAGGUCGCGAUUAAGCAUCGAUUACAAAGUUCAAGGUAGUGUUUCAAUACAGAACGAAAAAAAAAUUGCUGCAGGAUUAUUAGCUAAUUAGCGGGCAGUGAAAGGAAUUGAAAAUGGUACAAAAAUACGAAUCUCCUGUUAGGAUAUAUAAAUAUCCUUUCGAGCUGGUUAUGGCCGCCUACGAACGUCGGUUCCCAACCUGCCCGCAAAUGCCUAUCGUAUUGGACUGCGAAAUAGUCGAGGAUACGGUUUCCAACAAUGGAGCUAAGCGAGAAACGACUCGCCGCUGCAAACUGGCCGUCGAGGCGCCCUAUCUGUUCAAGAAAAUCAUCGGCGUCGAUGUGGUUUUCUUCAUCCAGAAGAACUUCCUGGAUCUCAAGGCCCGUACACUGAACAUCGAAGCCACCAACGAAACAUUCAGCUCACGAAUCGAAAUCUUCGAGAAAUGUCGCUACUUUGCUCAUCCGGAAAACCCGGACUGGACCUGUUUCGAUCAGACGGCCACGUUAGAUAUUAAGAACUUUUUCGGCUUCGAGCACUCGAUGGAAAAGAUGGGCAUGAAGCAAUACUCGCAAACCACGCAGAAGGGAAAGGAGAUUAUUGAAUGCUUUAUCAACGAGCUAAAAAAGGAAGGAAUCACCCAUGUGGACAGAUGGAAAGAGGAUGAAUCAGCGGAGCUAACCGCUGCUGCGGUUUCCACCGUCAGUGAAAAACCGCCCCUUUCUCGCGACAACAGUAUUCUGGAUGCGGACUACAUUGCAAAACACCUAGGCCAACUGUCUCCGCUGCAGGAAUCGAAGCUGGUUCAGUUCCGCAAGCGAAUCGAAGAAUCCAGCGAACGUGGCGUGCCGGACUUUCAGACGUUGCUGCGCUUUCUGCGGGCUCGUGAUUUCAGCAUCGACAAAGCAGCCUCCAUGCUGCAGGAAUCCAUGCAGUGGCGAGCCGAGCACCGAAUCGAUGACAUUCUCGGCGAGUACAAGAUGCCGACCGUUGUGGAAAAGUACUUCCCCGGCGGCUGGCAUCACCAUGACAAAGACGGCCGACCGCUCUACAUUCUGCGGCUGGGCAAUAUGGACGUGAAAGGUUUGCUCAAAUCGGUCGGAGAAGAUGAACUGCUGAAACUGACGCUGCACGUUUGCGAGGAGGGCCUGAAACUGAUGAAAGAAGCGACGACGCUUUUCGAGAAACCAAUCUGGAAUUGGUGUCUGCUGGUCGAUUUGGAUGGCUUAUCGAUGCGCCACUUGUGGCGCCCCGGCGUGAAGGCGUUGCUACGGAUCAUCGAGACCGUGGAGAAAAACUAUCCGGAAACGAUGGGCCGGGUGCUAAUUGUGAGAGCUCCCCGAGUGUUUCCGGUGCUGUGGACUAUCGUUAGCGCAUUUAUUGAUGAAAAUACUCGAUCGAAAUUCUUAUUUUUCGGCGGCCCCGAUUGUUUGCACGCGGAAGAUGGCUUAGAGCAGUACAUACCAGCGGAAAAUAUACCCAGUUUUCUGGGCGGAUCAUGUAACACACUAAUCCACGAGGGUGGCCUGAUACCGAAACAUCUGUACAAGUCCGAUUCGGUGGAGGAAAACAACGGCGCAGUUCACGGUCAGGACCACCACGGGUUGUACAAAUCGAUAGAUCUCAAACCGGGACAGAUGUUCGAACUGAUCAUUCGUAACACGGACCCCAAAUCGGUGCUCACGUGGGAUUUCGACGUGCUGAAGAAUGAUUUACUGUUUGCACUGUACCGCACCGACACCGUAUUCGAGCAGAGCUUCAAUGGUGAUGCAUUUUCCUCUGUGUUCGACGGCGCUGCUUUCAAGGAAGGCGCCACAUACACUAAGCUGGAGGACAAAGUGAAAUGUAAACCAAAAGAAGGCGUACAAGGCUCCCAUGAAAUGGCAACAGCCGGCACCUACGUCCUGCAGUGGAUGUGUCCACCGUCGUGCGAUGGACCCGCCCAGCUGAUGUAUUUCCAUGAAAUCCUCAGCUCUGCCAACUACAAAGGCUCAAUGACCAGUCUGCAAUCAGGAUUCUCCUCCAACAGUCUACAAUCCCGAUGAGAGCUGUAAUCGAUGAGACUGAAAACGGGCCCGCAGGAAGAUCCCCGGAUGUUAUAGCAGAGCAAACUCCAUUCUCCAAUAACGAUGAAUCUCUAAUCUAAUGGUGUUGAGACGGAAAUUGACCGAAAAGAAAAAAAAGUGAAAACCAAAACCAGAAAAAUUGAAGGUUGUAUUCGUAACAAUAAGAAAGCAAUCGAAUUGAAAAAUCUCAGCAGGUUCAAGCGGUUAAAAGUGGAAACGACCUUAAACAAUGAUAAAGUGAAAAAAUAAAUCAAUUAUUGUAAAGUAGUACUAUAUAUAGAGGGGCUAAAAAGUGAUUAUGUAGUAAAAUUGUAUGUCCAGGCGACUUAGACAUUAUAAGACAAUAUCAGAAACUAAGUGUAGCAACGUUAAUUCUACUUGUGCAGCAUAUAUGAAUUUUACAAGCAAAUCUAGGUCGUACAGCUUAUCACUGACAGUAACAACGCUAGAAAAUUAUUUUUAUACAAAUGGACGCCCCUGGCGCAAAUAUCCUGCUAUUGAAGCGUUUGAGGAGGAUUGAUUUACGUAACAAAUUUUCUAAUAGAAGCUAGAAUCUAUCGUCAACAAGAGGAACGCUUAUUAGUAGACAAACCUGAUAUACCUGGAUGUGGAAUCAUAUUUUAUAAAUAGUUGUUUUGAAUCUGCAGCUGAAAAUCAAGAGUACACGCGAAUACAUGUACGAAACUUAAAAUAUAUCAUCAGCUGAUGAGUAAUUCUAUACCUCACAUAUAAAACUACACAGCCAAGUAGCACCUAUGAGGCUAGCCAUCGUUCCCCAUGUUUCUUAACUUCGACAGGCGUAGGUACGUGCUAAAGUUUGAACAACAUUUCCGAAUCUCUGUUAUGGUUAACGAUUGUUCACCAGUGGGUAUCUCUAAAGUCACUAUUACAAAAUAGGUAAUGCAACGCAGGCUAAGUUCUGUUUUUAUUAGCGCUUCAUAUAUCGCGGGUAGAUGGGUACAUAAGAGUACUAUUGAAAUAUAAGUAAUUUUCUGUGAUAUACAUAACUAUUUUUGUUCAAACACAGAAUUGCGAUGUCGACAACAAAAUGCAAAACAUCAUAAUCAGUAUACGGAAUUAGGUACCACUAUUUUUAUUUUAUUUUUUUAUUGAGAUUUUGUUUUUCAUUUUAGGUAAUGUUUUACAACUGUCUGUAAACUAUCCGUACUUUAGGAGAUAACUGAAAGCUAUCUACCGUACCAUCAGAUCACGUAUGAGCAAGCCAAUUAUUUAACAUCACACGAGUGAAACAGAAAUACCUUAACUUUUUGGGAACGAAACAAUGAAGUAAAAGUCGCUCUUGAAUUAAGCCCUGCUUCAAUCAACCCGCUAUAACAGCGAAAGAAAAAUUACAAAUCCAUUGUAUCAAACUGGCAACUUAUUCUGUAUAUUAUUAAGCAAAAAAACAAAUGAUAAUUUGUCAAAAAUUUUGUACACAUUAUGGGUAGCGGUGUAGUGGAGAAUGAGAUUAAAUAAA